GGAAGUAGCAGCGGCAGAAGAAAGAUGAGGAGAGAGGAGUUGGAGCUGGGAGUGAGGGGCUCCGUAUAUGGACGGGAGUUCUGCUUUGGGCAGGAUGGGAAGCCAUAUAAAUGUGAGAUUGGCUACUGUUGUGGGGAUUCGGAGUGCUGCACCUACUACUAUGAACUGUGGUGGUUCUGGUUGGCGUGGACACUAAUAAUCAUGAUUGGAUGCUGCUGUGCAUACCGUCACCGCCGAGUGAAAUUAAGACAUCAGCAAGAGCAGAGGCAACGAGAAAUCAGCCUUAUGGCCUAUCAGGGAGUUGCCUCAUUCCCAGCGUCGUUGGAAACCUGGACGAGCUGCAAGCUGCCUUCCUAUAGCGAGGUCACUCAGGAGCCCCCAACGCCUCCGCCACCCUACUGUGAGAUUUUGGGUGAAGAGCCAAGGAGCACAGAUCAUCCUACCUUAACUACAGAUGCACGCUUGGAACCGGGAUCCGCAGAACAAGAGAUAUCGUUAAAUGACGCGCAGGGUCCUACAACAGAUGUUGUUUGCCAUGCGAAUGCCGGAGAGGUAGACGUGAAUGGCAGUGAGAGAAGACGUCACAUCACGGGAGACUCCGGGAUAGUACUUUGUGAGCAUGAUGACAGGGGCGAGGGUCAAGGUGAGAGAGAAGGGAAGGAAAGAGUUGACGAGGAGAAGUAGCUGAGAGGAGGAUGAAAAAAGUUAGACCAUUUGUGACCAUUUUAGGGAUCACAGGUUAAUAAUGACUCUGUUCCCAUCUUCUAUGAGAUGUAUUAUAGGACACUGAUUCCAAAGGGCUGUUACUCCGGGGGGUCAGAGGCCUCGCCAUCCCUGAUAACCCCCGUCUACUCGGCACUAUCGUUGCACUGAUGGCAUCUUCUUUAAAAGCUUUUGCACUUUUGUUUUUUGUAAAUUAAUAUGCAAAUUUUACGGACAUUUUUGUUGCUUGUUUUGUAUAAACACGAGACUUAGUAUUUUGUUAAGCAAAUAAGGGAAAACUGUUCAAACCAUUUAUACCCAUAGAGAGAGAAACAAUGUUUUCAUUUAAGAACAAUUGAUGUUAGAAAGGGAAAUAAACAGAUAUAAUUGCUUCCU